UCGUCGGUGGCGGCGCUCAGGAUCAAAGGCUCGUUUGGCUCUCCAGUCAUACGGUCCUGUACUGAGCGCAGUCUGCUCUCGGUCUCUACGGACGCUCCUCUGUCUGGAUAUCCGAGCCUGUUCCUUUCUUUCUUUGGAUUAUAUUCUUCUGAUGGUUUUCAACUCCAACUCGAUGCAUAGAAAUGGGUAAACUGCACUCGAAACAUGCCGCGAUUUGUAAACCGAGGGAGAGCCCAGAAGGCGACAGUUUUGUAGUCAAUGCCUGUUUGGCGAGAAAGGGAAUCGACGACUGGCUCGUGAAGCAGAAAUACUACUGCACGAGCUCUCGCCUCGAGCAACGGGACUGUCACCACAAGAAUAACUGCGGUUUGACUGCACGGGACUCCAUGGACGAAGCAUGUGCAGAGGGGAUUGGUGAUGAACACUACCGUUUAGAAGUGGCUUUACCCCCAGAGAAGACAGACAGCUGCUGUGUGGAGGAGAAGAUGCAGGAGAGGGACAGCCAAUCUCCCGCAGGGCCGCAGAAACAGCUCCAGUUUGAAGAGUUGGAGUGUGCUGUGUCUGUGGAGGAGGAUAACAGGCAGGAGUGGACCUUCACCCUCUACGACUUUGACAACAACGGCAAAGUCACCAGAGAGGACAUCACCAGCCUGCUCCACACCAUCUAUGAGGUCGUGGAUGCCUCCGUCAACCAUUCUCCCAGCAGCAGCAAGACACUGAGGGUCAAGCUCUCGGUGGCUCCCGACUCCAGCCAGCGGUGGAGGAGUUGCACGCAGGGCGCGGCAGACAUGUCCCACCCCAGGGAGAAAAAUGACAAGUGCAUAGAAGACCCCAAGAGUGCAGACAAGAAGACUCGAGCACUCCUAAGGCGCCACCACAGUGACCACCACACCCAGCCGGGCUGCCAGCGCCACUGUGUGGAUGAGAACCUGGAACGCAGGAACCACUACUUGGACCUGGCAGGCAUCGAAAACUACACAUCCCGCUUCGGAGCCGCUCCCACCACAGAGCCCACGAAGGCCGAGCCUCAGACCCGCUCAUCCAACCAGACUCGCUCUCGCUCCCACGAACCGGAAAAUGGCCACUCCCAUUACCACCACCGCCGCUUGCAGACUGUUGUGGACGCUGUUGCUGCAGACAGCCUCCAUCCCGCCCCCCGUACGCGAGGCCAGGACUCAGGGAAACACGCCCUCCGAUCCCCUAAGACCCACAGCCGCACACCUCCUGCGCAGAUCAGUGGCAGGGUGAUGAGAAGCCGAGGUGCACCUCCUCCCCCGGCGCUACCGAGCCAGAUCCCCCCUCACCAGUCCACAGCCCCCUACCGCAAGCACAAGCAGCGGUCCAAGGAAAGCCAGGGCUACAGGGCCCUAGGUUCUCUGGCAGCUCCAGGACCAGUGGUAGAGAAAGAGCACGUGAGGGACCUGCCUAGCGUGCUGCUGUACGAGGGGGGGCUGGCACAAGUGGUGCAGCGGCAUGAGCAUCACCACCACCAUGAACACCAUCACCACUACCACCACUUUUACCAGUCCUGAAUUCUCACUUUGCCUGGGACAACUCCUGCAGCCCCAUAAACCCCAGCCAGGCCAGCAGACACUGCCGGGCUGCCUUACAGUGUGCAGUGCUGCAGUGGCUUUGUAGUGGACAUAGGACAUGGGUAGGAGAGGAGGAUCUUGGGAGGGGUGUCCCAGUGCUGGGAGGUUAUUAAUCAGUGUUAUAAAGAGGUUGGUCAGACAUACAAAAGCUCGGGUAUGCAGCAGGACAGUACGGCCAUGACUGAGGAUCACGGCUGGGGCUAGAGAGGAGGCACAGAGGGACAAUUAAAUUAACAACCCACACGUUCCUCUCCCCCCUGACCCUGUAAUCCUCUACCUGAUGAACUCUACGGCUCCAAACCAGCACCGCAACCUUUCCAGACCACUAAGCCAAAAGGUUUUUAAGGAAAAGGAGGGACGAGAGGAAGGAAGACUGUGAUGUAAAGAUGAAAAUAUAUGAAGGAAUAUAGGUGACAGGAGAGCAGGGCAUAGUGUGUAUGUGUUUUGUGUGCGUGUGUGUAAAACCAUGUGUGAAUGUGUGGGCGCAGCAAGAGUGUGUGUAUAAGUGUGUGUGUGUGUGAGUGUCACGACACUGGUGUCUGUUGAAAACCACUUGAAGUGCGCUCAUGGGUGCGUGAGUAUUUAAAGCAGGCUGUCAGGCAGGUUUUUGAAGAUGAAAAUGAAGAUUCUGAUUCAAGCACGCAAUACCCCGUAAGCAA